AUGACUCUUGAGUUUAACAUCGACGCCCAGUUUUAUAUGAUUCUACAAGUGGCACGAACCCUUAUGGUAAAGGUAAAGAGGACCUCACGUCAUUUCGGGAGGUCUUGGCUGAGCCCCGGCCCGUGCGGGAGGUACUGUGUCCCGGGGAGGAGGAUGCAAACCCGGAGUCAAAUUAGCAGCAACACCCGGGACAGCACCGACAACUUCUUCCACCGCCUUCCGUCAGAGCUACUGGAUAUAAUACUGGGGAAACUGUCUGUACUUGAGUUAAGUGUGUUUGGUAUGACGUCUAAGGACAUCACCAAUUAUGUGGUGGACUACAUCUCCUCUCAAAAGUGGACCAACAAGGAGAUCUUCCAAAACUUUCAUCACCCAACCUACCAAGAGCAGCAGGCCACCAUCGGUCACUACAGAGAGUUAGGGCUAUUGUUCAAGAGAUGCACAUUGCUGCUUCCAACAGAGGAGAGGUUAAAAUUCAUCUUCAGGAGAUUCUCACAGAUUCCUUGUUUUAUGUUGGAGCAUUGCUUUGUUCAAGGCUGCCUUGGAUUUGCAUGCCUUGGGAGCUUUCUUCAGACAUUGAUUGCGGGAUGGGAUGAGUUGGAGUGCCAUAGGGUGUUUAACUUCCUGUGUAACCUUACAGACAUUCUGUCCAAAACUGAAGUCCUCAUCAACAACAAACCAGGGGCACACUACUUCGAGGAGGUAGAGAUUCGCCUCUUUUACCGUAAAGUCCUGUUAGAUCCCUGGUCAAACCGUCUGGAGUUCCACUUCUGGUUAAUAGAGCUACUGAAGCCGUGGCCCAUGGUCAGUCAGGCCCAUCUCCUGCUCUUCCUCUAUGGACCACUCCUGCCUGAAGGUACAAUAGGUUGGCAGGAGCUGGUGGAGAGGGCACUUCCUCAUGGUGCCCUGUGGGACUUGGCUCAAGCUCUGCUGCUGCUCUUUAGUAAACUGGAGGUCAAAGGCUGGUUCGCAGAUUCUAUACUGGCCAUCCUCGAGGAGCUUACUGUGAUCCCUCAGCCAUGGCAUGUGGAGAAUGUCGCUCGUCUCUUGGUGCUCUGUGACAGUCACCUCUGCUACGCUUUUCUGGCUAGCAAAGCCCUCAAUGGACAUCUACAGGAGAUCUCAAGGCUGAUUGUAUACAUAAUACUGGUGUGUGAAAAGGACGGCUAUCACAUGAACUGGGCUGUGAAGCUGGUGCAGCAGGUUUGCAAAGUCUUCAGCUCCGAUCCUGAGAAGUUCUUAUUUCUGCAAAACCUGGAAAACAUGUUCGCAGAGACCACCAGGGACUUCUUUGAGCUUUCUGUUGGAGGGAACCUUGUGGAGGACAGAGAGAUCUUCCAGACUCUGAGCAUUCUGCUUGACUCCAGUGCGAGAUUCCACGCUAAGUUCCUGCACAUGUUCCUUAAGAGGCCGGAAAUGUGA